CAAAUGUGGAUUGCAAAUCGUGCUUUUAAUAGAAGGAUAUUUCCCCAAUCUGUGAGGCUUAUGUCUCAAUUAGUGCCAGAUGAUGCUACCCAGCAAUUGCAUAGAAAGAGAGAAUCGACUAAUCUGUUCGAUCCAGAUCUAUAUUUCGAAGACACAUUAAUUACGGCAGAGGGCCUCAUUGACUACAAGAAAAUUUUCCAAGAAUUUAGCAGUGAUGAGAAACUUGACAAUGAGAAAGCUGAGAAACUAGUCAGUUAUAAUAAAGAAAUUGACCAAGAGUUUCAUAGAAAGUACCUUGGGAACAGAAAUCUUAAACUAGAAGAUUUGCAUUAUACCCACACUGGAGAUAAUCAAGUUGCUGAUGAGGAUCAGGCUGCUUUCUUCCGUUUUCCUCGUACUGAACCAUACAGACGUAUUCAGGCAGGCCAGCUAUACAAAGUUCCUUGCGAUGAUUACAAGAGAGUUAAUAUUGAGAGAUCAAAAGCAUUUGUGAAAGAACUUUUCCCUCCUUAUGAACUGAAAGAUCAAGUUUUACUAAGAAUUCAGGAAGAGCUUAAAAAUCCAGAUGCAGAUAGAGAGGAAAUUAUUAAUGAACUUAGAGAGAUUAUCCCAAAACUUAACUAUAACUUAAUGGCAGAUUUAGCACUUUUCCUUGCCUUGGACGCACAGAUUUCUGAUAUUAUUGUUUGGAAGCUCAUUCAAGAAAGUAUGAUUGGAAAAGACAAUGAAAUCACACUCUAUUCUUUCCAUGAUCUCUGUAAAGUGCAUUAUGCCAUUUCAAAUGUUGGAAAGUCAGUUGUCGAUCACACUGGAGUGACUAGUGCGCCUGCUAAAGAGGAGGAAAAGAGCGAUUUAGUGCAAUAUAAGAAGCCAAUUCCUCAAACUCACGAACUAAAGAAGGCUAUCAGAGAGAGGAUAGAGGAAGAUAUUGAUAAAGCAUCCUCCUACGAUCUUAUGCUUGCCAUGCAAUCCUUCAGAAGUACCAGCAAUAAAUUCCUUUUUGAUAAAUUUGCUGACUCAAUUGUUGAAAACAGAGAAAGAUUUUUAAAUGAGUUUUCAGAAGAUGACGAUCAAGGACAAAUUCAUAUGAUCAUUAAUCUUUUAUAUUCCUAUGCUUCAAAUAGAACUAAGAAGCCAUAUACACACCAAGAUUUACAGAUGAAGUUAGAUAAGAAGAUCUUCAAUGCCUACGAAUAUGAUUUCUUAGACUUGACUCAAUUUUGUGAUGCUGAUCAUUUGACAAGGCUUGCCCAGACAACAUCUCUAAUGAUGAGUACUGAAGAACUACAUGUCCUCCGUAGAAUUGAAAACAAAACUAUCGAUGAGCUUGAUAACUUGGAUGAUUAUCAUAUUUCUCAGAUCAUCAGAUCUUUUACUAAGAGUAAAUACUGCUCUGGAUAUGGCAGUGAUGAGACUUUUAAUAAGCUUGAGGAAAAAAUUAUCACCAUGAUCGACAAAUUCGACAUGAAAUCACUCUCCCACAUCAUUGAGACUUAUGGAUAUAGAGAGCAAGGAUCUCCACAUCUCCAUAAGAAAUUCUUAGAAAGAGUUUCAAAGAAUGAAGAAGCCUUGGAUCACUACACAGUGGCGAAUCUGUUGUACUACCUGAUGUACACUGAUAAUACUAAUGAGGAGAUAUGGACCCAGAUGGUCCAACACACUUUAAACAACAAUGAUAAAAUUCCUGUGACCGUAUAUACUCCAUUUAAGAUGAGUAGAUUCUAUAUGCUUCAUCAUUUCCCUGAGCUUGACAUUAGAGAUUACUGAGACAAGUUCUUUUUCCCAGAGAGGUUCUACAAUACUGAAAUGAAGGAGAAUAAAGUAUAUAAUUGAGGAGCUUACCAAGAGUUUGUAAAGUACAUUGCUCAUAAAUUCUACCUGUUCCCUGUGCAUUAUGUGCCAUUCCACAACUUGUUCAUAUUAAGAGCUUGCUUCAUGGACUAUAAGAUCGCUGUCAACAUUUUCGACAAGACUGAGCUCCUUCCUGUUGAAGGAAGACUCACUGCUAGGAGCAAGCUUGACUCUAAGCUUAUGUCAUACCAAGGAUGGCACGUCCUCGAUAUCAGCCAGAACGAUCAUGAUGAUAUGUUAACCAAGGAAAGAGACGACUUCUACACUGAAUGGUUCACUCAGGCUAAAGCCAAACAGAUUGAAAAAGGAAUUGGAAAAUAA